CAGUCCUACGUCUACCCGCGCGGUCGCCGCCCGCCGCGUAAGCCACGCGCUACCUCGCGCGAUACCUUAAUGGACUACGAUCGACAUAACGAACACAUCAACUUAUCACAUAUAACCCUAAAACAACCUAACCCCUACGACAAUUAGCGAACGAAUCGUGCGAGUUUUUGAAAUGUACGUUGGAAACAUUCUUCAGAACUUUUCACGACUUUCAGAGACUGGUGACACAAUCCGCUAGUUUUCUUUUUUAGUGAAACCCCGCAAGCACAUAUCUCUUCUUCACACAUCAUGCUUCACAUGAGUGAUUUAAACCGAAAUCUAUUUAUACACAAAAAACGACUGAAACUUUCUGAUAGCAGCCUUUAAAAAGUUUACACCCAAUUUAUAAAACAAUUUACACAGUUUUACAAAUGAUUUCGAACUUUACUUUUUACCCUUCAGAGCAACCUUUAGAACUUAAGCAAUUUUGACCAAAGACAUUAAGUAUAUGUAUAAUAGUGUGAUCUAUAAACUAGAACUUAGCCAGUGUGUUUUUAGCUCAAGUGUUUGAAAGACAUAAAUGUGCUAUAGUUAAUUAGUUUAAUAUAAUAUUGCAGUCUUAGUGUGUGUUAGUGUAAAUCGGUUAUUUUAUUCCAUCAUUAAUCUACUGGUUCAAGAUGUAUACAGAAUUACGGCUGAUGUUACAAGAAGAAGUCUCCUCCCUACCUCCUACAUAUAGCUCAAAAAUCCUCCCAUAAAACAUUCCUUAUUCAUUCUUUGACUUAAUUUAAUUGAACAGCAGGUACAUCUAUAUAAAAACAUUCCACACUAACUAUUGUCGUAAGCUUUCAACUUAUGACAAUUUUUUUUAAGAAUUUCUUCAGAUAGUCAAAUUCUGAAGGGAACUGAGCAUCUAGACAUUGUAGUGGUAAGGUCAGUAACGCGCGUAAACCUCUUCGGAGGGCGCAAGGGGCCGGCGCGAUGCGGUCUCACCAGGGAUGUACGUAAUAUAUCCUGCGGAUGACGUAGUUUCCCUGACAUACGGCACACAAUCGCUGCCUCGGCCCCGGCAGCGGCCUACACUUGACGUUCUCAUCGGACCACUGCCAUCCGCGCCGACCAGCGCAUUACCCCUGUCCCCGACCCCCGCCCCGCCCCGCGCUGCAUCCGUCCCCAAAACGGCGCCCCCGGAGCCAGCGGAGCGCGCGCCGGCCUCGCCGACGCCGUCUAUCGAGCGGCCGGCAAAGCUGCGCGAGCGCACCAAGGCGAAGCUGUUCAAAAAACUUGGUCGCCAUGAGGACAAUGAAUUUGGAAAAAUAGUUAGAACCCCAGCACCCGAUGAAUUCGAAUUGCCCGCUCCCCUGCCUACACCGGCAUUUUCGCGAAAAAAUAUUUUUGAUCGCGACUUUGAUGCAUUAUUCGAAGUCGCUAGUUCCCCACAGUUCACGGCAAAAAUUCGCGUAACGACUCCGGAACCAGAUCAUAGAUCAGAUGUAUCGGCGGCGCAUUUUACCUCUCCAGAAAAUUACUCACUUAGUUUACUCCCACCUCGGCCUUAUUCUGAACCAGUGCCUAGUAAUAACUCUCCCACCACCUCUACCCGCACCUCUACGAAUUCGACAACAACGGGACAUCGCUCAUCUCUUGAAGGGUCCAACUCCAAAUCUAAGAAAGUCAGUUUUUUUCGAAAACUGAGUCGCUCUAGAGAAAGAGAGGCGUCUCCGCCUCGUAACCGCGACCGCAUCAUGCAGCAGCCGUCAAUAGAGAUGGCUCUUAGAGAAUUAACACAUCCAAACCAUAACGAACAACUUAAAAACCAGCAACAAGUCACAUUCAAGUUGGUUAAAACAGUGUCCGACUUCACGACACAAUUGUCGCAGCUUUACGAGCGACACUCUUCUGAGCUGCAAAUACUUGUCGCCAACUUCCGCAAACGUAACAGCGAACUCAGAAAAGAAAGAGCAUCUUGCCCGUCAUCGUUGUUCCAUACAUGGGAAACACUCCUCCAGGAAGUGGAAGCUGAUGUAGUGGGGUAUAACAAUGCAGCAACUUCUCUCGAAAGGCUGGUAGCCACUCCACUCAUUGACCGGACAUUUCAUAUGAAGGUCCAAGCACGGAAAUUGUUCGCUCAUAGAGAAGGUUGCGAAGUAAUAUUAGGAAAAGCUGAUGAUCAACUGACCAAGACACGGCAAGAAUACAGGGCGGCAUUCCUGAACUACUGCAACAAUCCGAACCCAGCUGCUCUCGCUAUUUACUACGACUCCCAUAACACCUACGUUCAACAGCUGACGGCUACAAAUGCUAUGCUGGACCAGUACCAUAAACAUACACUGCCAACUAUUUUACAGGAAUUAGAAGAAAUUUUAACGGAUGUGACAACAGCUGUCAGCGAUGCCAUUUGCCAGGAAGGCGAGAUUAUUACAGAAAAGUCAAAUACGCAAAUGCGCCGCUAUGAGUCGCUUUGUGCUCAGGCUCGGGCAGUGUCCAGCACUGCGGACUUAGCUCAUCUAGCCCGAACCCUGCUCACUAAUCAGCCACCAAUGAGACCGCCAAGAAGACAAUUCUUGCCACCGUACCCACCGGAGCCUGAAGAUCCGCCGCUCGAUGUGCCUGCGGAAAGCAUGCCUCCAGUUCUACGUGGAGAAAUCUUGCUUGAUCGGAUGGGUGCUCAGGCACGACUCAACUAUGAGCAAUUGAGGAAAGACGCACAAGAUCUCGAUAUUCAAAUAAAACAGUUACAGGACAGUCUCGACUCCUUGGCCCGACUCCAAAACCGAAGUCUUGAGAGCAAUAUGUACAACAAGGUGAACGAAAUACAGGAGGAGAUAUCCAUAAAGAAGUACGACUACAGAGCGACGCAGCUACAUUUAGCAGCUGUUAGAGCUCAGAGAGAACUUUUCGCAACAAAGGCGGACAGCGGUACCGCAGCGGUAGAUAGAAAGCUGUCCUCUUCAUCAGCUGGCAGUAUGAAGAAUAAAUGGUUGAAGGCCUUCAGAAGUCUGAAGCCCCCGAGCGCACCACCACCUCACUCAGCACCACCUGACAAAAAAAAUCAAAUGUACCACGCGGUGUCGACGGUAAUGGCGAUGAGGAGAAAUGGUGCUGCACGAGACGCAAUGCGUACCGGCGGUGAUUCUGAAGCACAUAACUUUCAGGAGUACACAUAUAAAAAGAUUACCCCUUGUGAUGUGUGCUCGCAAGUUCUCAGAGGACACACGCGUCAAGGUUUAAGAUGCCGUCUGUGUAAGAUGAACGUGCAUACAGACUGUAUGCCUCAAGUAGGAAAGUGUCAGACAAAAUCUCGACUACUUCGCCGACAGAAGAGCACCUCGGAAAUCGAAGCACAUAGAGUCCAAGAAACCGCAUUUGAUGAAGAAAAGGAGGAAGUGGAUCAGACCUACCAAGUUCUGAAGCGAGCCAACGAAAUCGCGAAGCCGGGUGGCGGGGAAUCGCGCGGGGGCCCCGUAGUGCGGGUGUCAGCACCGGAGGAGACGCCACCCGCGCGCUCGCCGGCGCGCCCAUCUGGCGGGCUCACUGUCGCGCCGCAGCCCGUCUCCUCUAGCUCAGCGCCGCAUUCGCCGAGACGCCAAAAGUUGAACCUUAGAAUGAAGAGCCUGUCCUUGGAUUCACCGGAAUGUGGGGAGCUGAGAAGGCGUCCUACUCGAGACCAACCGCCCUCGCAGGGCAGCCGAGUCCUAUGUAAAUGCAGAACACAUUGCAUGAGAUAUGGCUUUAAUAGAAUCAAUAACCACACAGUUCCUAAAUACAUAGUUUCAUCGCCGUCUUCACCGGUACACAGCAGGAGACUUUUGAGCACCCGAGGAGGUCGCAUGAACAGCGUGGAACUCCCUGAUGAACCUGACAAGAGCCUAUCAUCCAAUAGUGCCAGCCCGUGCCCUUCGCCGGUUAAUAAAUCUAACAAACACCAACGGUUGCUACCAACUAAUCUCUACGUGAUCUUAUAUAACUUCAAGUCUCGUCAUGCUGAUGAAUUGGACCUAAAAGCUGGAUACAAGGUGACAGUGAUCGAUACUUCAGACCCUGACUGGUGGAAGGGCAAAUGUUUAGGCAAGAUUGGUUACUUCCCUUCCAAAUAUUGUACCAAACUGCAGGCUGGCGAACGUCCGUUACAAGUUACACAUAAUUUACAAGUAUCCGAUGGUGACAAUGGGUUGAUGCUUCUUCGUGAUCAAAUCGUUAUUCAGGUUGGCGAUGAGGUAGACGGCAUGGUGAUGAUUCGGUCAGGUGAUAACCGCCAGGGUGUAUGUCCAAUUAAGUUCCUGCAGGAGGUGUGACGCUUUAAACUUCCUAACUUCGAUAUUGUGAAGAAACGCGGGUCAUUAUCAGAAGAGAGCAGACGGCUAUAUAAACCAAAAUCAACACGUAGCGCUCCGGUCACGCCUUGCGAAAGUGAGAUAUCUACUUUUUCUGAUAAAGCAUGGUCAAAAGGAUACGAACCAACUGAUAAAGGUUAUGAAGAACCACCAGAAGGGUUGUGGUGGUGGAGAAGACCUCUAGGUGUCCGACGUACGCAAUGCAGGAGAUGCGGGGCCUCAUCGUCAACAAGGCCUCUAAGGAUGAUGCCAUGCGCAGGAGUGGCUCAAGAAGAAUACGAGAACGCGUCUCGGCCACUGAUGUCUUGCGAUCGCCCUCUGUUAUUCGUCAGGCAAUUUUUUUUAUAAAUUUAUUUUCAAGCUUCAAGAAUUUAUUAUGGAUAAUCAAUAUUAUUAAUUUAGAUGUCAAUAUUUUGUAUCCCUUUUGAAUAUCGAAUUUUGAAGUUCAGCGGCCUACGUUUUAUAUAGCCUUUUAAGAUUUCUUGAAUUAAAUGUAUCCUAUUGUUAUACAAAAUUAUAUUAUAUUUAUUAUUAUAUAUAAGUCCAAAAGUAUAUAAUACAUAAAAACUUCGCGACAUAUCAUUUUUAAUAUAUUUGUUAAUUUAAUGGUAACAUAACUUUAUUAAGGGUAAUAAUUUUUAUUGCAAUCUAUGUUGCUUAUUAUAAUACAGCAGUUAUAUUUAAAUUCUACAGUUAUUGAAAUGUCAUCCAGGUAUAGAUAGGGUACCUUAUCUAUUUAUAAGUUAUGUAAACAUAUUAAUUUAUAUUAUGAUAUAUCUGAAUUAAUACGUUAAUAUAACUAUUGAAAAUCAAAUACAGAUAUACAUAUAACAUACGUAUACAUCAUACACGUCUCCCAAUUAAAUAAAAAUAUUGUUUUUAUCAGUUUAUUUACAGUAUAAUACCUAAUGAUAUUUCAAAUAUUAAUAUUCCAAUAACAAUAAGUUAACCUAUCUACCUAUAAAUAAUAUGGCUAUAUGAUAAUAAAUGUGCCGAAAUAUAAAUAUAUUCGAUUUUCUAAUAAUUGUUUCUUACAUUAAUUUGUAAUAAAUUAGUUUCCUUUGUUUCUUUACUUUCGAUAUCUAAAGAAUGAACACAGUAUAUAAAGUAAUACCGUGCCAUUUUUAAGUAGAUUUAGUAACCAUCCAAAUAUAAAUUUAGACGCGUAUAUUAAAUAAGUCUAAUUUAUUAAUACAAUUUAAAUUUAGUAUUUCACAUGUUUAGUUUUCAUUGUGUAUCAGAUUUAAACAUUCGUCAUAAAAAUUCACCAUAAUUAAAUUUGAUAAAUUUAUUUCAUUUAUAAGGUACUUAUUUCAAAUUUAGAUUUCUCUAUGAUAUAAUAAACCUAUUUAUAUACUUAGUAAGUACCAAGUUACAUUCCUAAAUUAAUAUACCUACCCGUAUUUAAGUUAAUACAUUAAACCGUCCCCUUGGAGUUUUAAGUACUAUAUUACGAGAAUAUUGCAAUGAAGUUAUAAUUAAAUAUUAUAUUAUUAAUAUAUCUAUAUUAUUAUGGUAUCUAUACAAGAGUAAUUAGAGAAAAAUCAAAUUUUGGUAUAAUAACACCACUGCACAUUUAACGUGGAGGUAUAAAUGGGUGUGAGUGUGUAUUCCCAACAAUAGCAUAAUCAGUGAGAAUAUAAUUAUAAUCUGUUUCGAUAAAAUUUAAUGAAAAUGUAAACAAAGGAAUUACUCGUAUUAAUUCGAAUAUAUGACAGUCGGCUGAUGUCCAGGAAAAAAAAUUAAUUGAUUGGAUGUUUCAGUUGUUCAUCAAAGCGGAAUGUUUUUGCGAUAAAAUCAUCAAAAUUUGCUUACAUUUUCAAUAAAAUAUAUUGAGAAACUGUAGCAAUACACACCUAGUACAAUAAUGGCACAACUAUAAUUUUAUAACUUAACAAAAAUAUUUUAAGCAGAUACUUGGUUUGGUUUUUGGGUCAUUAGUACUACAACUCAACUAUGGUGUUUAAAAUUUUUACGGGAUAGAUAGGGAAAAGUUCAUUAUGAUUUUAUGAACUACAAGUCUUUUUGGCUUACUAUAUACUUAAAAAAAAAAAAAAAACAAUUUUCAAUUAAAGAAGAAUUACAAGGCUUGCAAAUUUAGAACAAGCUACAAUGACAUUUAACCAGUACUCCUCCCUAUCUUUCUCUCUUAUUAGCUUAUCCAUUUUCAAUUUACAGUUUGUUUGGUUUAAAAUGUUUUAUUAACAUUUCAUAUCUAUAUUUAAAAUGUGAUGUUUUGCAAAUGUGUCAUUAUUUUAUGAGGUGCGUUUUAUUACUUCUUAUGACGACGAAUGCUUUAUUACUAGAUAUAUACCUACCUACCUAACAUAAUAAUUCAUAGAAUUUGUUGUAAGGUAGAUAGGUAUGCUUUACAAUAUGAAACUAUAGUUACAUAAAAAAUUGUUAAGUUGAAUGAAUUCUGUCCCAUAAGUGAAUUCUUAGUAGUAAAUGGGUUAUUUAGUAAGGAUAGCGUGAUGUAGAUGUCUAAAAUAUUUGAUUAUAAUCUCAUAUCGAUCAUACAUAAAUAGUAAAUAUAAAAAUAUUUAAAACCCCGAUAAAUUUAUUUCAGCUAUUAAUAUGUUUCGUUACCUUUUUCAACAUAAAAUUUUAGCUUAAAAAUAAAAAAAAAUGAUUAGAUGCAUUAAUAUGAAACUAAUAUAUUUCUUUAUUUAAAAGAAAAUAUUUACAAAAUUACACUAUUUAAUUAUUGAUUACUCUACUGCUAGCGCAGUAUACGAUGCGACGAUACGUAAAUAACUAUUUAGUCAUAUUUAGUCUAAGGUUACAUCCAAAAACUGAGACGACCAAGAUCAUGUAAAUGUUGUCACUCUACAUUAAAAAUUCUUUAAUCUAAUGUAGAUUUUGCUUAUCGUUUUUUUUUUCUUGAACUCGUAAAUGUAAGUAAGAACACCUACAUAUAAGAAGUAUAUAGAUAUAUUUAUAUCUUUGUAAAAAUUAUAUUGAUUUUUCGAAAAUUUAUUAAUAGUUUAUAUUUUAAUAUCAUGAGUUCUACAUAUAGUCAUGUGAAAUUAUCUCUAAUAUAUAUUAAAACAAUAUAUUCCUGUAUAAAAAGUACUUUAGACAUCUACAAAUGAAUGCAAAGUGUAUGAUUAGUUUAGCUACAGGAAGGACAUUAGAUAUAUGUAUUCUACUAGUAAAAAAAUAUUUUAUGAAAGCACAGCUUAUUCGUUAAUUAUAAAGACAUAAUUUUAAUAGAUUAAAAUUAAUAUCAGCCACGUUAUUACGUGGUAAUAAGGUUAGGUACUGAGUAGGUAUUGUGCCCGUUCAUACAGACCGCCUAGGAGAGCCUAGGAAAAGAGAGCAGAUUAUAAUCGCAUUUAAAAUAGAGUUUAAAGAUUAUCGAAGUAAAAUAUUUUGUCACAUCUCACUCCUUUUGUUAGAUGUAUACUAAAUUUUGCAUUUGAAAAACAAUUGUUCAAACAGAUUUUCUUCUAUAUGAAAAUGCACGAGAGCUCUAUUUUGAACUCGAUAAAAAUCUACUUUCGUCUCAAAGCUAAUCUGUGUGAACGGAUACUAACCCCCUUAUUCAUAAACACACCGAACGUCACAUAGACCUAUUUUAACUAUUGAAAUGUUUUUUCUUUUUCUUUUGCUUGAAUUGCCAGUUUGAUGGACAGUGACAAAAUAGUCUAACAAUUAAAAUAGGUUUGUAGGAGUUUUUAUAUUUUUAUGAAUAAGGGGAUAAGUGUCUAAAAGUGGCUACGUUCACUGACAAUUAAUAGUUAAACAAAUUAAUUUAUUUCUAUUGAAUACAGGUUUUUUAACUAAUGUUAUGUAUUUAUUGGUCAUGGUUCACGUUAAGUGUAAUCUCAUUUGUACCGUUCCAAAUUCAUAUACAGGGUAAAAUCAAAUCAUUAUUAUUAAUUUUCCCAAAGGAACAUGGGUCUAUUGGCUGCGCCUAGCUAUUAAAUUAGUAUGAUGCCGUUACUUAUGACCUACCUUUUUUAAUUUAUAACUCACAAAAUUCUGACCUAUCUUAAUAUAUUCUAGAGCCAUGGGUAGAUUUUUUUAAUUUUACCUAUUAUAUUGCUGGCAACUUUGUUUUUAUCCUAUAUAAUAUAAGAACGUUAUCAAUACAAAUACCUAACAAGUGUCACAUUGUUUUUACAAAAUUUAAAAUUGAAAAAAAUAUUAUUUAUUAUCUAUUCUUAGACACUUUAUGGUACAAGUGACUUUAUACUUAAUAAAAUUUAUUUCUUUUGCCGAUUUUAACUAUUAUCUAUCUUAUAUAUUUAUAAAUACCUGCAGAUUAAUACGAAAAGAAUCCAUAUGUACGAACUAUGCUGGAUAUAAGGAGGUGCUAUGUAGCCUGAUCAAGAAACUAGAUACGCCUAUUUAAUUUUGUAUCUUGAUAAUAAAAAGACUCGUUUGUUAACGCAACUCUUAAACCUUUAAUCUUGAAAAACCUUUUUUAUAGUUUGAAUAAGUAUUAUAAUGAGGAAGAAUUUCUCAAAAUUCUCAAAAGAAUAGGAAACAUCAGAUAUAUCGAAAUGAAAUUAUAAUAAAGCAGUGGUUGGUUGUUAUUGACUUAUUAUUUAUCUGAAAAUUUUAUAUACAAUCAUUAUUUUCUUGGUCAGACUACCUUAUAUGUUUGUAUAGAUAUUUGAUUGCAAUUUUACUUUAAGAUAUAUUGUUAUAUAUAUUUUGCGUCAAAAUAGAGAAUAUUGAAAAUAAAUUGUAAUACCUAUUCGAUUAACAUUGAUACAGAAUAUAAAUCUUAUUAUGUUUAGAUACAUUUUGUACCAAAAUUAAAAGAACAACAAUAAUUCUAGUUUUUUCCCCUGUCCACGGUGCAUAGAAAGGGUUUUAUACAAAAUAAAUUUCCCACACCGUAGUCGGGUAAAAAAAUAUUUGUCUUAUUUAUUUAUAUUUAAUGUAAAGGCUAAAUAAAUAAGGUAUAAAUUUAACCAAAUGUUGACCUACGUGUUAAUGUGAUAGAUAUAGAAUAACCUGCUAAACAAUUCCCAAGUGAGAUGUUUUUAUUGUAUCGAAAUGGAUAUUUUAUUAUAGAAAGUAAUAUUAUAUAAAGUGAUAAAAAUAUAUUAUUGAAUUUACAUAAAUGACACCUAUAGAUGUUUAACUUCAGACUUUGAAAUUUAUGACACUGUGUUUUUAAUUAAAAAAAAAUCUGAUGAGAAUAAUUUGCGCCCGAAAUUUAAAACUGAAAAACUUUGAAAACAAAUGUACUGUUUGUUAUGAUACGUUUUCAAAGUAACUAAAACAUAUCUCCUCAAAUAUAUGUAAGCCGCUUGUAUGGGAGAACAGAUACCUCUAUUCUGCAGUAAACAUUUAUUUAUAGACAGCAUUUCGGAGACUACUAGUUCCUAAUCUCACUAAAAUACAUUGUCGAAAUAUAAAUAAUAGCUUUAUAAUAAUUUAUGUCCUUUAUAAUAGGGGAAAAUGGGGAAACACAAAUACCUAAAAAAAAACUGAAUUAAACACAAGAAAUAUUAUAUAGAUCUUCCUUCUGUCUCCUAAAUAAGAUUUUAUUUCUUACAACUCUGUAUUGUUUAUAAAUUAAUGUUUACUAAUGAACGGUCGCUAUAAUUCUAUACAACCUACAUAUUCUAAGUACCUUAGUACAGUGAUAUAAUUUCAGUACACUCUCCACUAUCUAGGUGCUGCAAAAAUCAUAGUGGUAGUAACAGCACAGUGUGUCAAUUUAGCUAAAUCUGAACAAAAGCCACAAUUAAAUGUUAAUCAUGAACACGAAUUAUUCAAUGAGCUACCAAUUAAAAAGUACACCAAAUAUUAGAUAUAGCAAAGACGUAUAAUGACUUAUUGCCAUUUAUAGGUAAGUAUUCGUGAAGAGAAUGCUCGUUUAGAAAAAAAAUGUAUUGUCGCUUAUUUUUUGUUAAUGAUGCGUUAAUUUAUUUUCAAUGUUUAAAAAUGUUGUGUUAGAAUAAAAUAAAUUGUGUCAUUAUUU